AUGUCCAGCUCAGUCCCAGUAGCAAAGAAGAAGCAAAUCAAUCUCUUGCGUGGAUGGCCCUCGCCUCACCUCCUCCCCGCAGACCUCCUCUCAGCAGCCUGUCAACGCGUCCUGGCAGAUCCCGUCGAGAGCGUGCCGAUUCUGCAGUACGCCCCUGACGAAGGCUACCAGCCGCUGAGGGAGAGAUUGGCCCAGUGGCUCGGCCGGCAUUUCGGGGUUGAGCCUGAUGCGAAUCGGAUUUGUAUCACGGGCGGCGCGAGUCAGAAUCUGGCUUGUGUCCUGCAGAGCUUCACGGAUCCGCACUAUACCAGGGCCGUGUGGAUGGUUGCGCCGUGUUAUCAUCUGGCGGGUGCUAUUUUCGAGGACUCGGGGUUUGCAGGGAGGUUGAGGGCAGCGCCCGAGGAUGACGAGGGACUUGAUACUGAGGAGCUGGAGAGGAGGAUGGAGGCAUGGGAGAGUAAAGAGAGAGAGGAGUCUCAUCCAGAGUUUAGGAAGCUUUAUCGUCAUGUCAUCUACGUUGUGCCCACAUGCUCGAACCCUUCCGGCAAAACCCUGUCUGUCCGACGCCGCGAGAGUCUCGUUAAACUCGCCCGCAAAUACGAUGCCCUUGUCAUCAGCGAUGACGUCUACGAUUUCCUGCAAUGGCCGAUUGACGGAGCCGUAAGUCCCCAGUGGCCCCCGAAAAUGAGGCUCCCACGGCUAUGUGACAUCGACAUGUCGCUGGGUCGAGCGGAGAACGAUCCUCGGGGCUUUGGAAACACGGUGAGCAAUGGAUCCUUUAGCAAGAUUGCUGGGCCGGGUGUUCGGACGGGAUGGGCUGAGGGCACGCCGGCUUUUGCUUUGGGGCUGUCCAAGACGGGGUCUACCAUGUCUGGCGGUGCGCCGAGCCAGCUCUGCGCUGCAAUGCUGGCUGAUUUACUUCGAAGUGGCGAGUUGGAGAGCUUUAUUGAGAAUAAGACUCGACCGGCGUUACAGCGGCGGCAUAGGAUCAUGAUGGAUGCCGUGAAGGAGCAUUUGGAGCCCCUUGGCGUCGUGUCGCGUGAAUCGAGCAUCUCAGGCGAGGGAAUCUACGGCGGUUACUUUGUCUGGCUUAUGUUGACUCAGGGACCACCGGCGGUGCUUGUCUCGGAUGCCGCUGUGGAAGAGGAGAAUAUCAUUAUCGGCAGAGGAAAUAUGUUUGCAGUUCGCGGAGACGAACAGGGGGCAAAGUUUGAUCAGGACAUUAGACUGUGCUUCUCCUGGGAACCCGAGGAAGCUCUUGUCGAUGGUGUCAAGAGGCUUGGACGGUUGAUAAAGAGGAUGCAAGGAAACUUGGAUCAUUACGAGAAGUUGGCAGCUCAAAUCAAGGAUAGUGACCGCCCAGUGAGCAGCUGGGUGUAA